UGAACUUUCUGGGUCAUAGCAUUUUCCUAUUAUGAAACCUUUCUUUUGAUACGAUACAUCUCAACUUGGGUCAAAUUGGCAAAGCAAAUUGCUAUUUUGAGAGCUUACUUUGAUUUGAAUCCAGAUAGCUAGCAAGUCACCAUGGCUGUGCCAUUUCUUCCAUUUGUGCUUCAAAAUCUUAACACCUUGAUCCAAAAUGAGGUGGGAUUGCUUUCUGGAGUAAACAAGGAGAUGAAAAAGCUUUCAAGCACUCUCUCCACCAUCCAGGAUGUCCUUGAAGAUGCAGAGCAAAAGCAACUGCAAGACAAACAUAUACAGAAUUGGUUGAAAGAGCUCAAUGAUGCAGCCUACGAGGCAGAUGACAUCUUGGAUGAGUGCGCAACCGAAGCCCUCCAAUGCGAAUCAAAAGGCCAAGGUUAUGGUUCUCUCAAGAAGGUAAGAACCUCUUUGUUAACUUGUUAUCCUCUUCAGAAUAUUCUGUUUCGUCACAAAAUAGGGAAUAGAAUAAAAGAGGUAACUGAGAAAUUUGAUGAAAUUGCUGCUAAGCGUAAAUUUCACUUGAACGUGGGAGAUGUGGGGACUCGAGUUUUAUAUGAUGAAAGCCGUGAAACCAGCUCCUUGAUAACUCAGCCAGAACUCUAUGGAAGAGGUGAAGAAAAAGAAGAGAUUGUGACAGUUUUGGUUGAGAAUGUACGUGAUAUCGAUGCUGUUUCUGUGUAUCCUAUACUUGGUAUAGGAGGGCUCGGAAAGACAACUCUCGCGCAAAUGGUCUUUAACGAUGACAGGGUGAAAGGCCACUUUGAACCUAAAAUUUGGGUUUAUGUUUCUCAGGAUUUUAAUUUGAAAAGGGUGAUAAAAGAAACAAUAAAAUCUGCAUCUGGAGAAGUUUCUCAAGACUUGGAUCUUGGUUCUCUGCAGAGAACCCUUCAAGACAAGCUGAAUGGGAGAAGGUACCUGAUUGUAUUCGAUGAUGUGUGGGACGAAGAUCAAGAGAAGUGGGAUGGGCUUAAGUAUUUACUAGCAUGUGGAUCAAAAGGUGCUUCCGUUAUCGUCACUACUCGUGUUGAUAAGGUAGCAUCAAUCAUGGGAACUAUUUCAGCGCCUCGCUUGUCAUUUUUAUCCCAAGAAAAUUGUUGGUUGUUGUUCAGGCAACGAGCAUUUGGACGUGGAAAUGAAGAACAUCCAAACCUUGUGGCCAUCGGGAAGGAGAUAGUGAAGAAGUGUGGCGGUGUGCCUUUAGCUGCGAAGGCCCUCGGAGGGCUAAUGCGCUUCAAAAGUCAGGAAAAAGAGUGGCUUCAUGUUAAGGAAAGUGAAGUUUGGAACUUACCUGAGGACAAAAAUUCCGUCUUGCCUGCCUUAAGAUUAAGUUACUUUUAUCUUCCAUUGGAAUCAAGAAAAUGUUUUGCUUAUUGUGCCAUUUUCCCAAAGGGUUCUGAAAUUCGAAAGAGAGACCUAAUUCAUCUUUGGAUGGCUAAUGGCUAUAUUUCAUGCAAAGGAGGAUGGGAACCAGAAGAUAUUGGUGAUCAGAUUUGGAAUGAAUUAUGUUUGAUAUCUUUUUUCCAAGUGGUGAAGAACUAUAAAGCCAACAUAUGUUUCGAGAUGCAUGAUCUUGUGCACGAUCUUGCCCAAUCAAUUAUGAAAGAUGAAUGUGAAAUGAUCGAGUUUAACAGUUCAAGUAAUAUAUCCAAUGAAAAAGUUCGUCAUGUAACGUUGGUUGUUGGGCCUGGGGAAAAUUUUAAUAAGACAUUUCGCAAAGUUGAAUCCUUACGGACAUUACGACUGCAAUGUCCACGAACUUUCUCAUUAGAAGAUGACGAGUUUUUGUGUGAUCUCAGAAAGUUUGGUUCACUGCGAGCUUUUGAUGCAGCAGCUAGAGGAAUGAAGGAGUUGCCAUCUUCAAUUGGCAACUUAAAACAUCUGAGGUAUUUGAACCUUUACUAUGGUCUUAUCAAUCAACUUCCUGAUUCAAUUUGCAGUCUCUUGAAUUUGCAAACAUUAAUUCUAGACUACUGUGAGGAUCUUGAGAGAUUGCCCCAGAACAUGAUGUACCUGAGAAGUCUCCGACAUCUUUAUCUGUUAAAUUGCCCGUUAAUUGAGAUGCCCCCAAAAAUUGGGCAGCUAACUAACCUGAAGACAUUAACUGAAUUUGUUGUGGGUAAGAGCACUGAUUGUAGUCUCCUAGCUGAAUUGAAAUGCUUAAACCUUGGAGGACAACUUUGUAUCAAGCACCUUGAGAGAGUGAGCUAUCCGUUGGAUGGAAAAGAAGCCAUUUUAGUGGGAAAGCAAAAUCUUAGUCAGUUGCAACUAAUUUGGGAAUAUGGUUUGGCUGAGUGUGAGUCACAAGAAAAUGUUGAAUCUGAAGCACAGGAAAAUGUUAAAUCUGAACUAGUACUUGAAGCCCUUCAACCUCAUCCAAACCUAAAGGAGUUGGGCAUAACAGGGUAUGAAGGUACUCGAUUCCCGCUCUGGAUGAGGGGUUCAUGUCUUCAAAAUGUAGUUAAAAUCGAGCUCUCCCGGUGCAACUGCUUACAACUUCCACCGCUUGGACAACUACCUUUGCUACAAAGCCUUCGAAUUCAUGAAAUGGAUAAAGUAGUGGAGUGUAUUGAAAACGAAUAUCCUUGCGGUCGAGGAUUCCCAUCUUUGGAAGAACUCGAUGUUUACAAUUGUCCGAAAUUGGACGGUUUGUCAAGGGACGAGGGAAGAGAGUUGUUCCCUCGUCUUCGUAUGAUAGCAAUUGGUUAUUGUCCUAAAUUGAGCUUCCCGCAUCUUUCGUCUCCCAAAGAAUUGUUUUUGAGGGGCAAGUGCACCAUGGUACUAAAUUCAAUAUCAAAUCUUAAUAGUCUCACUUCCCUUGCUAUUGUUGAUGAUAAAGAGACGGUUUGUUUUCCAAAAGAGUUUCUGAGGAAUCUUACUCUUCUUGAGUCACUAUUGAUUUCGGAUUGGCGAGAGCUUAAAGUGUUGCCUGAGGAACUUGCAAGCCUUGUCAGAUUGAAGUCAUUGACGAUCGAAAAAUGUCGAAAGCUUGAGUCUUUGCCAGAGGAAGUGCUAGGAGGCCUUGAAUCUCUUCAAUCGUUGUGCAUUUAUAGAUGCACGAAGAUUACAUCGCUUCCGGCGAGUAUUCAAAGCCUUACCAAACUCCAACGCAUACAAAUUAACUUUUGCAGUCGUGAACUGGAAAGGCGAUGUGAGAAGGGAAAGGGGAAGGAUUGGUAUAAGAUCGCGCACAUACCAGAAGUCUCUAUUGAUAAGGCUUGGUUCCCAUGAUCUCGAGAGCUCAUUGAGUCCUCCAUGAUUCAGAGAUUGUGCUGCCAUGCUCUUGGGUCAUGAUGGCUGCUGCUAGUAUUUAAGUGGCCGUGGCAUCGGAUGCAUUGUUGGUGGGAAGGUUUUGGGCUGUUUAUAGGUUGGAGGCUAUCUAAUAGGAGGUGGAUCGUGUCAGUUGUUUUGUUAUCUGACUCUAUUGUGUUAGUUUCUCUUUUGCAAAAUAGAGGUUAAAUACUGACCUUAUUUGUCAUUGUGUAAUAAUGUUAAUGGCAGUGGAUACUGGAAGCUCUAGCCUGCUAUAUGACCUUUUUUUGUGCUUUU